AUGGCGGAGGUACUGGCCACCAUGGUGGUCGGGCCGCUGGUGUCCAUGGUGAAGGAGAAGGCCUCCAGCCACCUCCUGGACCAGUACAAGGUCAUGGAGGGCAUGGAGGAGCAGCACAAGCUCCUCAAGCGCAAGCUGCCCGCCGUCUGGGCGUCAUCACCGACGCCGAGGAGCAGGCAGCGAAAAACAGAGAGGGGCGAAGCUUGGCUUGAGGAGCUCCGGACCGUGGCCUACAAAAGCGAACGAUGUCCUUGA